AUGGUCCCGAAAGCCCAACCAUUUCGCAUUGCGGUUGUUGGAGGAGGAAUUGGUGGUCUAUUUGCUACUCUUGCGAUCCACCAUCAUUGCAGUGCCGCCGGCGUGCCUGUGCGCAUCGAUGUGUACGAACAAGCCGCGCAAUACAAGGAGAUAGGGGCCGGCGUUGGCCUAGGUGUCAAUGCGGCACGUUUGAUCCACAAGCUUGGCUUCGGCGACAAGCUGAACGCCAUUGCUGGCCACAGGACCGGAGUAUGGAUCACCUUUCGGCGGUUCGAUAACAGCGAGGAAGUUGUUACUAUACCGGUGAACGACAAUCAGACCAUACGGCAAGCGCCAUGCGCACGGUCAGCGUUGCUGGACCUCCUGAAAGGGACAGUUGAGGCAAGAGAAGCUGCUACGCUGCAUACAAAGAAGUCUUGCAGGCGCGUUGAGGAUCUUGGCGAUGCUGUCCGCAUUCACUUCGAGGAUUCUACCACCGCCGAAGCCGAUAUAGUCAUUGCCUGCGAUGGCAUACACUCACCUAUUCGCAACCAAUUUCACGUCGACAAGCCGAUCUUCUCCGGUACGAUUGCCUACCGCGGCGUGAUCCCGAUACCAUCGCCUUCUUCCUGGCCGUUUUCAAGCUACAGCGUCUUGUGGCUUGCAAAGCACAAGCACUUUCUGGUGUUUCCAAUCUCGGGCAACACCGAGCUGAACAUUGUGGCUUUCGUGACCAAGUCACCAAGUGAGACUGCUGACGUCAAGGAAAGCUGGACAAGCGUCUGCGACCGGAAAGACGUUGAAGAAGACUAUGCUGGUUUCGACGAUGUUGUCCAGAAGGUGAUCAGUCUUUUGCCGGAGCAGCCGUCGAAGUGGAAGAUUACGGACCGUGAGCCGCUUGAUUGCUGGCAAUACAUGGGUGGGAAGGUCCUGUUGCUAGGUGACGCGGCUCAUGCUAUGCUUCCGCAUCUUGGGGCCGGAGCCGGCCAAGCAAUUGAAGACGGCUGGGUACUAGGCCGUGCACUUAGCGAGCAUCUGUCGGGCUCUGGGAAUAAGCACUUUGCCUCUCUCGCCAGCACCGCACAGCUGUAUCAGGACGUCCGGCUACCGCGAGCACAAAAGACUCAAAAGACCUCUCGUAUGGCAGGAGACACUUACGAGAUGCAGACGGAGGACAUGCUGAACAAGACUUUCGAGGAGUGCAUUCCUAUCAUCGCUGAGCGCACACGCGAGAGAAUGAAGUUUGUUUGGUGA